AUGGGCCGAAUCUGCGAGCCUACGUCCCUCUUCUCAUGUAUACUAUACGGUUCUCUGCCGUGUAUAUUAGUGCAUGGUGAACGACAGCCACUGACCGACAAGGACAAAACCGACCCGGGAAACUUGGGCAAAAGCCUCGAUCCUGUGCAUCAAUCAAGCCAGUCCAAUGGUAUAUUUCACAAACCAAGGGGUCGCCAUAUUUGGACGCCACUGACGGUAGUUGUGAAUCUUUCACUCCAACGUCGCUUUCACGUUUUUCUAUUAGGUGAUAACUUUACAUGUCUUGAAUUCAAUGACACCGGGGAAUUGCUUGCUGUAGGGGAUAAGGGGGGACACGUGACUGUCUUUAAGGCCAAUGAUGAGAGUCUUACUUCCUUCUGUCGUGAACAGGACGAUGGAGUAUACGACGUCUACUGCGCCUUUACCAGUCAUGAACCAGAGUUUGACUAUCUGAAGUCGCUAGAAAUCGAAGAGAAGAUCAAUUCCAUCAAUUGGCUCCCAAAUGUCACUGCUGCGCAUCAUUUGUUGUCAGCAAAUGACAAAACAAUAAAACUAUGGCGAUUGUCUGAAAGACGCAGAGAAGCGUACAAUUUCAACACUCGCGACGACGAUGGCUCAGAGAGCUUGUGGAAUGCAGACCAGUCCAACUCAUCCAUCAUCGGUCCCCCAGUUCCCACUCUCAGGUCCGCCACUCAACUACGGAUUCCUCGGUUUCGUCCGGUCCCGCAUUUGACUGUGGAGUCCCGCCCUCGUCGUAUGUAUGCCAACGCACACAUGUACCAUAUCAAUGCCAUAUCUCUUAAUUGUGAUCAAGAAACAUUCCUUUCUGCAGAUGAUUUGCGCAUUAACCUUUGGCAUUUGGAAGUUUCUGAUCAGUCUUUCACCAUUGUAGAUUUGAAGCCGCCCAAUAUGGAAGACUUGUCCGAAGUCAUCACAUGUGCCAGAUUCCACCCUUCACAAUGCCAUCUUCUUGCCUACUCCACCAGUCGUGGAGUUAUUCGCCUUUGUGAUAUGCGGAUUCGAGCUCUGUGUGACAAUCAUGUCCUGGCAUUCGAAGAUCCGCGGCUUUCUCACAACCUAGGCUUUUUUGCUGAUAUUAUUGCCAGUUUGUCUGACUUUCGAUUCGCCCAUUCUGGUCAAUACGUAUUGGCUCGGGACUACCUCAGUCUUAAAGUCUGGGAUAUCCGAAUGGGCGAUCGACCUUGUGAACUCUACUCAAUUCACGAACCGUUCCGGUCUCAGCUGUGUAUGUUGUAUGAAAAUGACGCAAUUUUCGACAAAUUCUUAUGCUCCUGGUCCAGUGACGAUCGCUAUGUGUCUACUGGUUCCUACGGCAACCUGUUCCGUAUUUUCGACCGACACACCGGAUCUGACCGGCUGUACGAUCUAAAUAAUGAGAAUGAUAUCGAUCCGUCACCGGAUCUUGUAACAGCGAUCCCGCUUGUUCCGAAACACUUCGUUUCUCCUGAGGAUCCGCUAGGAAGUACCCUUGGCGUAAGCACCGUUUGUGUAACCUCUGUGGACGCUAUCGAAUCUCUAAUGGGUGAUAUCGAACACAGCGGAAUGAGUAGCGGAAGUGAUAUUGCUUCACCAAGCGGAGUAAGUGAAUCGACGAAUGAGUUUGACAGUUUAGACGGUUCAUUUGAAUCUGUUGACAAAGAUACGGGUUGUUUAGAACCUCUCAGUGAGCCGGCAGAUCUCAGAGCAUCCGUAGAUCCACCAGACACCUCUGUUAACCUACCCACUGGCUCCAAACGGCGAAAGCAGACACUUUUUGAACGUGCGAGUGAAACUGAGCUCCUGCAACCUCCGAAUCCGAUUUGCAAAAGUCCCAGGCACCAUCGUCGAAAACAAAAGUUUGGCCAACCAGAGGAACGUAAUCUCGCGGUCCCUACUUCCCAGAACUGCCCAGAUACCAACUCAAAUGGAUGCUCUGAUCGGGAACCGAAGGUCAUCGACAGCUCAUCACUAUUAAAUGAACGAAUUCGGAGACGACUGGAGAGGCAUCAGCUGUUUGGCGAAAGGUUAUCCGAUAAAGCCAUGCCACUGAACGAUUUGCGUCAACUUGAUUGCCAGCGCAAGGUCCUGCACGUUGCUUGGCAUCCACGACUCAGGAAGUUGGCUACCGUCUCUGGUAACCAACUUUUCGUUGUGCGUGGUGUGGAACCACCCACCACUAUUGUAGGUCGCCCUGCAGAAGCCAGCGAUUGUCGAACGUUUUCAACGGAAGAUAAUGUUGAGUUCCAAGCUGAACCAGUUAUUAACGGGUAUCUAGAAGCGAGUGGAGACAUGCUUCCGUCCGAUGGACUUCCGACCGCGAAACGCCGUCGUCGACGAGGACAUUACAGACCAAACCCACCCCAUCCCAGCUCACCCGGUCAUCCUUCAAAGGACUUGGUAGAGUCCAGCUCAGAUCCUGUUCCUAGGCAAGACGCCUUAUAUCCCUUUGCUGUUUCUGUUCCGUUACAAGCAGAUUCCACCGCCCCCUUCGAUCAUCCCGACCAGGUGCUUGGUUCCACAAUGAACCAAAACCUUUCUUGUACAAACAAUCCUUCUCAUUCACCGUUAGUACAUUCCACCACCGAACAGACGUUUAGAUAAUGUCUGUUUGAUGCCUUGCGGACCAUCUCAGUCCUAUCACCUCUAUUUGAGGCGUUCACUGUAUAAAAAAAUUGGAACUCGACAAUUCAUUUGACGCAUUAUUUCAUUCAGGCCGUGAUUCAAUUUUCUAGUGACUAUUUUGCGCCAUUGUGCCUUGAGCUAUCUCACAUGGAUUAGUGUGGGACCCUCUUCAGAGGGUGCUCGUCAAUCGACGUCUGUAAAACUUAUUUUCCAAAUGUUAUUGUACACCCUUUCCAUUCCCACACUAAGUCGUUAUCUUCCUGUGAUGUGUUUUGCUGAGUUUUGGACUACCUGGUCAAAAAUACUACAGUAUUACUCACUUUUGCG